AUUGGACUUGAGGUCCAACACCCUGGUCAGAGUAGGUGUCUGCUCAAGCCUUCGCUGCCAUAGCCUGAGAAAGCCACCCAAAAUGCCGAAAGUCUUACCCCGGCUGCCUAAUGGCGUCGGGACGCAGAGGAGAGGAGGCUCUUUGGGAAAGUCCAAAUCCCAGCAGCUGGGCAUUUAUAACUCACAACCUGUACCUUGACCCCAGAUUGCAUCAUUGCUGGGAAAUUUGUCGUCCUUUGGUUUUUGAGUCCUCGUAAGAUCCAUGUCUGCCGCGCUCUACACUUACACGGGAGUCUGGAUCGACUGGUCCGAGGGAGCGAUCCGGGGAGCCACCUUGACUUUGUCGCAGACCGACUCCGGCAUUCUGAGCGCCUUUCUAGCUAUACUUGUCUCCCUCGCAGGCAGUCUGUUCUGGAGCAUUCUGAGCUUUGCACUUCAUCAGACAGGGACCACAGCUCCCGAUCGGCGGCGGGAUGCUCUUCACUACCAGCGACAGGUCAUUCUGCGCAACAAAGGUGCAGCCGCCGCGGCCUGGGCAUUAAUCAAGUUACCAUUUGAGAGCGGGCGAACUGCGUCAAAGCUCAGGGCUGUGGGGCGAUCGCUACCACUGGCCCUGCUACCCAUCCUCGUUCUCAUCCUGUUCGGAGUAUCUGGUCUGUUCACCAGUUACAUCACCAAGGCGGCCGGCCAGUCGACGCUCAUCAUCGGCCCAGGCUGUGGAGGCUACUCGUUCAACGCCACGGAUGUGACCGUCAGCAACACCAAGAGUCUGCAGGACACCUACGACGCUGCCACGUACGUCCGCCGGUGCUACCUGGAGAACGCGAGUGAACUCGACUGCAGCACCUACGUCCGGCCCAGCCUGCCAUUUACCACGAACCCGAAUGCAUCUUGCCCAUACUCUCCUGAUCUGUGCGCGUACAACGGCAACUCGGCCCUGCAAAUGGACACGGGUCUGCUGGAUUCGCACGAGGACUUUGGGAUCAACGCACCCCCGCGCAACCGAAUCAAAUACCGGCGAGUCACCACCUGUGCCCCAGUCAAGCACGGGUCCGGGCUAGGGAGCGUCCAGAACGACUCAACGUGGGGCCAGAUCGUCUACAUCAAUGCCGGAUAUCAGUAUUACAUGGGUGAGCCGUACCUGAACUACACGUUCUCGUACACUCCGAUCCCCAGCGUCGAUGGAGUGGGCUACACACUAAGCGCCGUCUUCGCCAAAUCCGACCCUAGCGGACUCCUGAACGGCCUCGAGUCAUGGAAGCCGACCGACGCGAUCAAUCAAACCGACGCGGACAUCACGAUGAUGAUGCUCAACCAGAACAACAUCAACUACCUGCAACCCAGCUACGACCCGUGGAUGACGGCGCUCGAACAGCAGAACUACAGCAUCGAGGGCACGAACGUCACCUCGUCGAUGUGGACCAAGAGCUACGAGGUGAACUUGAUGGUAUGCACCGACCAGUACCAGAUCUGCAACCCCAACCGGCCCGGGCCGGACGGGUGCACCAAACUCGGUGGGAUCUUGAGUACAUCACUGUCCACCUUCACCGUCGACCCGACCAAGUUCCUCGGGUUCAACGUGUACCAAAUCGCGACGAUCGGCCGGUUCCUGUCCGGGAACAACGACCGGAGCAUGUACUCCAACGUCAACGGCCGCGGCGGCGCAGCGUUAAACGGUGAGUGGCCUGUGCACCUUCACCCCACCCCCAAUCCCCCACCCCAACUAACACACCAACCGCAGCCUCCUCAAUCGCCUACAGCAACAUCCAAUUCUACAUCCCGCCCACGCAAUGGCAAACGGAAGUAG